CGGGAGCAGUUCCUGGACGCUGAUCAAACAUGAUGGGGCAGUUUUUUCGUGCCCACGGCAAAUUCUGCGCCUCCCAUCCGUGGGAGGUGAUUGUGACCGUUGUCACAUUGACCCUGUGCAUGACCUGCAAGAGUGGCGAUCAAUCGCCACCGGCCGCUGUGCGACAGGCACAACGUCAAUGCCACGGUUGGGACUGGCGAGACACGUGUGAGGAUCAGGAGAUGGCCGAGUACAACGCCGCCGAUGUCAUCCUCAUGACGAUUGUGCGCUGCUCCGCCGUCCUCUAUUGCUACUACCAAUUCCGAAAUCUGCACAAGCUCGGCUCCAAGUACAUUCUCGGAAUUGCUGUACUUUUCGCACUCGUCUCUAGUCUUAUUUUCAUGGCGACGGUUUUCUACUUCCUGGGAAGUUCCGUCGCUGAUCUCAAGGACGCAAUGUUCUUCUUUCUCCUCCUCGUUGAUCUGUCAAAGGUGGGAAUUCUGGCUCAAUUGGCACUGAAUUGCUCAAAUCAGGCCGAAGUGACGAAGGUUAUUGCUCGUGGAAUGGAAAUUCUUGGGCCGUCAAUCUCUCUGGACACCCUCGUGGAGGCUCUGGUGAUUCGCGUGGGAACAUUGUCUGGUGUGCAUCGAUUGGAGCUCCUGUGUGGAUUUGCUGUGAUGUCCGUGAUUGUGAAUUAUGUCCUCUUCAUGACCUUGUAUCCGGCGUGUUUGUCACUGAUUCUGGAGCUCUCGCGGAAUGGCAUUGAAGUGGCGCGAUCUGUGAAGGGCAAGAAUUCCCUUCUGACCCGAGCCCUCUAUGAUGAGGAUCAGAAGCCAAAUCCCGUUGUGCAGAGAGUCAAGAUCAUAAUGUCAACCGGACUUAUUAUUGUACAUGCUCACAGUCGAUUCACGUUCUCAGAUAGGGAAAGCGAGUCUGAAACUGUCACACUAUCGAAUGCACCACAAACUGUUUCCCUGAAUCGCACAGAGCCAACGGACUUUACAGGAUACAUCAUGAAAUGGAUUGCAUUGAGUGCCGAACAAAUAAUCUUUAUGGUGGUGAUAAUCGCUCUCACCUUCAAAUUGAUCUUAUUUGAGGAUCGUGCUGAUUUGGCGGAUCAGUUAAAUUUGGGCGAAAGUCACGACAGUAAUAAUACACAUAGUAAUGGCGGUGUAGAGAUUAAAGUCACGUCCAAUGGUGACGCUAUUGAUUGUGCAAAGGAGACAAAGAGGAAGCCUCUGUUUACGUUGGAUGAUGACACCACAUAUCUUGAUCAGACAACGCAGACGGAGAAUAAGUGGCUGCGUGUGGCGGAGGAGCUUGAAGAUGUGGAGAAAGAGGAGGAAAGUCCACCGCCUCGACCUGUGCGGGAAUGUGUGGAGAUUCUCAAUUCGCAAGAUCGCGGAGCGAGUCUCAGUGAUGAGGAGAUUCGGUUGAUUGUGAAGGCUGGCGGAGGACACUGUCCGCUGUACAACAUUGAAUCUGUCCUGAAUGAUCCUGAGCGCGGUGUGAAGAUUAGGCGACAAGUGAUGGCCACUGAAGCUCGUAUUCCGAUGGAUGUCUUUCAGAAUCUCCCCUACAGAGGCUAUGACUAUUCCAAGGUGAUGAAUGCGUGCUGUGAAAACGUGCUUGGUUAUGUCCAGAUUCCGGUGGGUUAUGCCGGACCGUUGCUUCUGGAUGGAACGCGAUAUUUCGUGCCGAUGGCAACGACGGAGGGCGCUCUGGUGGCGAGUACAAACCGUGGAUGCAAGGCUCUCCUGUCCAGGGGUGUGACGAGUGUGGUGCAGGAUAUCGGCAUGACCAGAGCGCCCUGUGUUCGCUUUCCAGAUGUCUAUCGGGCGUCUCAGGCAAAGCGUUGGAUUGAGACGCAGGAGAAUUAUGUGCGCAUCAAGGAUGCCUUCGACUCCACGAGUCGCUAUGCGCGUCUGCAGGAGAUCCUCAUCGGAGUGGACGGACGCACGUUGUACAUUCGCUUCAGAUCUCACACUGGUGACGCCAUGGGCAUGAAUAUGGUGUCCAAGGGUGCUGAAAUGGCGCUGAGGUGCAUACAAGAGAUCUUCCCGGAGAUGGAAAUCAUCAGCUUGAGUGGGAAUUUCUGUUCGGACAAGAAGCCCGCCGCGGUGAAUUGGAUCAAGGGCCGGGGGAAGCAUGUGGUGUGUGAAUCCAUAAUACCGGCGGACAAGCUGAAGAUGAUUCUCAAGACCGACGCCAAGACGCUGGUGCAGUGCAAUAAGCUGAAGAAUCUGGUGGGUAGCGCCAUGGCGGGCAGCAUUGGGGGCAAUAAUGCCCAUGCGGCCAACAUGGUCACGGCAAUCUUCUUGGCCACGGGACAAGAUCCGGCACAGAACGUGACCAGCAGCAACUGCAGCACCAGCAUGGAGGUGUGCGGCGAGAGUGGGGAGGAUCUCUACGUGACGUGCACGAUGCCAUCGCUCGAGGUGGGCACAAUUGGUGGUGGCACGGUGUUGCCGGCCCAGUCGGCGUGCCUCGAGAUGCUCGGCGUCCGUGGAGCGCACGCCACGCAUCCGGCGGAGAAUGCCAAGCAACUGGCGCGCAUCAUCUGUGCCACGGUGAUGGCCGGAGAGAUUAGUCUCAUGUCGGCACUCGUCAACAGUGAUCUAGUCAAGAGUCACAUGCGUCACAAUAGGUCUUAUAUUAAUGUAAACUCAGGAAUGCCACAGUCACGCGUGAAUAGUGCAACGGGGGACAGCCUUCUUCGUGUGUACAGUCCAAAGAAUCAAUGAUAAGGAGUGGGUGGAAGAUUUGCAAAUAUUGCAAUAAUAAAGAAAUGCAUAAAAUGCAGACUUAAUUGAGAACAAAUCAGUGGACACAAUUUUUUAGGAGAUGUGAGAAAAACCAAUUUGUAAAGUUGAGGGCUGAAGAUGGAGAAAAAAAGGAGGAGAAAAGAAUGUUAUUUUGUGUAAUGUUAAUUCUACUUAGGAGUGCAAUUUUUUUUCUGGUGAAGCAAGAAAAUUAUGUUGGGAAAUGUUGAAAAACAGUGCAAGAAAAAGAGUGAGAAAAAAGGGGAAAUUUGCUCUAUAAAUUUUCCAUUUUACCUUAUAAAAGAUGUUUUGUGGGUGGGACAAAAUAAAUGGGGAGGGCUGAGGAGGGGAUAUUUUUUGAUUUAUUAUACUUAAGAUGCAAUGAGAGAAGUAAAUGUGUUUUUAGUUUAUACGUGAAAAAGAAAAAUUGUGAAUAAUUAGAAUGAUAGAAUUAGUAAGUGAAGAAGAGAUGAAAAAAAUCAUGGCAUGGAGUAAAAAAAAUAAUUGUAUAAUUGUUUUUCAUAUGUUUUUAAUUUUAGAUAGCUAGCUAUUGUAUUUUGUUUACUUUUUGUGCAUUAGGGAAACGCAGUGGAGAGAAACCGAGCGUUGUAGAUGAAUGAAAAGGAUUUGUUAAACAGUUGCCAUACGUAAGAAAUAUCUGUUACCAAAAUAAUAGUAAUUAUUUUUGUGUAUUUUUUCAUAUCGUUGGACAAAAACUGACACACAGCGUUGCUUAAGAGCAUAUAAGAGAAAGAGAGAGAAAAAUACCUUUUUCAUUGACUACAAGUCUUCCAUUGAGUGUUAAUGAUGAGUACAUGCACAGUCUAUUAAAUUUAAAAUGCGUUUCUUCUUAUCAAAUAGUGAAAGAAAAUCUUACCCAAUGUUGCCUAUUUAUUGCUGAAAUAAGGAGCUAGAAUUCAAAUUGCAGAUCACUGUCUUAUCUCAUAUUCUGUAUGCAUUAGGAAAAGAAAAAAAGUAUAUAGAAAUGAAGAAAAAAGGCACAAGAAUCGAGGAGCUAAUAAUGUAAUCAUUGCAGAGAGAAGCAAGCAGAAAAAUAAAGUGAACUUGGAAGUAAAA